AUGGAGUCUGACCGGCCGAAUCCGUUAUUCAGGGCCCCCGUCGGCCCUGACCCACAACAUAUUCUCGACGUUGGAACUGGAAAGGGCUCGUGGGCAAUUGAUGUCGCCGACAUGUUUCCAAGUGCAACCGUCCGCGGCGUUGGUCUUUUCCCACCCCCCGUGUCUUGGGUCCCUCCAAACUGCAUUCUUGAGAUUGAUGACGUGUUGCAAGAGUGGACCUGGCAACAGCCGUUUGAUUUGAUUCAUAUACGGAUCCUUGAUGCUGCUUUUACUCAUGAGGAGCAAGAGCGGUUAUAUCGACAGUGUUACGAAAGCAUCCACCCGGGCGGAUGGGUAGAACAACUCGAAAUGUCUCCAAAUUUCCUGUCUGACGAUGGAAGUCUUCCUCCGGAUAGUCUUGCUGCCAAUUUGGGCAAAAUUUGUGUCCGCGCUGCCGCGAAGUCUGGCCGACCCAUGGAUCUAUACUACCGAUGCACAGAGCUGAUAGAAAAAGCCGGGUUUACAGACAUUCAUGUCCAUGAAUGCAAGUGGCCACUUGGUCCUUGGGCGCGGGACAAGCAGCUCAAGGAGGUUGGAACUGUGAAUUUUGCGCAAUGGGCAGCAGGCAUGGAGGGAUAUGCUAUGCAUCUUCUUACGAAAUAUGGAGAACCGAAGCCAUGGUCGAAGGAAGAGGUUAUGGUCUACGUUGCGAAAGUCAAGAAUGAGAAACGAGUGUGGGCUCGGAAACCCCUCUCCAACUCCAAAGAGAGCCCCACGACUACAGCUAUCAAAAAAGAAAACAAGGAUUAG